GUUAGCAACAUAAAGAAGAGCAAUGAAAAGAAAUCCCCAAAUUACCGUAUCCUCUCUCUCUCGUUUUUCCCUUUGCUAGAUUUUGUUGAUUGGCAUCUCCGCUUCUCGCUGCUCUAUCUUCGCGGCACCUUUCACCCCCAUUUUCCCUUAAACCAUCAAUCACCCCAAAACCUCUACCUUUUCUGCCUCCCAAUCUUUGCUCACAUUUAUUUAUUACUACUACUAUAUUGCUACUAUUGUUUUUGGAAAUUGCAUUGCAUAAUGGGGAAAAGAAAAAGAAGGGCUGAUAAAAAUAAAGCACCGGCACAUCCAGACAUCAUACCACAUGCAUCUCAAGGGGAUCUUCAGUCCAAACAGAGACCUUUUGACCAAGUUGAAAGCAGUGCAUCACAGGAGCUAUUAAUGGAUGCUCCGGGUAGUUCUCUUAAGAGAUCACCAGGUCAUGAAUCACCUCAUCAUCAAAAUCAUGGCUCCAGCCAUAGAAUAUUGCUGAGGCAUUCUCGCCAUCCCUUUGGUCGCCAUUAUUCUAGACGAAGCUCUAGUAACUAUUCCGAUGCAUCUCCUUCUAAUUGGAAAGGUUCUCCUGUCUAUGAUGCUAAGCUGUCCUUCAAACCAGAAAGUAAAGAUCUCUCGGCCUUCCAGUAUAGAGGGGGCGGGAUAUUUCAAAAACCUGAGAGGAUAAGGUCAAAUUCAUUCGGUGAGAAUUCAAUAUCUGGAGAUGUAAGGAAGAUGGAAUGCAGGAUAUGCCAGAAGCGUCUAAGGAAACACCCCUUCAUUUUUGAGAAUUCUCCAUCUACGAAUCUCUCUGUUGUGGCAGUUCUAGUUUGCGGCCAUGUCUAUCACGCAGAGUGCCUGGAGCAGAAGACAAGCCACGGAGAUAGCCAGGACCCGCCAUGUCCGCUGUGUGUAAGUCAGACAUCAUCUGUUGUCUAAAUAGAAUAGAGUUGUGCUAAAGGUAUUAUGAUUUGAUGCAUAGGAAACCAGCCUCUGAGAUUCGAAUUCGGGUGGGCCUAAUAUAGUUAACAGACUAUAUGUAUAUUAGUCACUUUUUAUCAGGUCCCUCUAGUGCUAAUGCAACAUGGGUUUGCAACCUUUCAAUAUAGUCUCUACAAAGUCGUGAUCUUUAGUUUUUGGGUACGGCUUUAUGUUGUCUAUGAAUCUGAUGGAAGUAGAUAUGUAAUGAUCAGCUGUAAUUUGCUGUUACUUUUUAUCAGUGUAAUGCUGUGUGAAAAUGAGAGAAAUUACAUGUUUCUAUCGUUUUCCAUAAAAAUGAUAGUAUUUCAAAUAUGUCCUCAA